GACACGUUUCAAAAUACCGCCACCGCAUCUAUUGUUUGACGUGAAUCGAUAGUAUCGAUAGCGCAUCAAGCUCUCCUUUAGAAACAAGUGCCGUUUCUAAACGCGCUCAAAGUUUCAACAAUUUUUGGUUUUUUUGCAAUGGAUUUUGUAUGUUGCCGCUGCGGGGCGGCUCCAAAUAGUGUUCCUUAUUGCGUUGGUGCUUCCGACUACGAGUUCCAUUGCUUUUGUUGCUCCAAAUCUCCGCCUAAACGCUGCAUCAAGUGCAAUAUCCUAGGAGAUUUGCACAAUCUGACCGAUCUCAACAAGAAGCACAAGAAAUGCUUCAAUGGUGCUCCGCACGUCUUCGUUUUCUCUCAGCCAUGGCCGCCGUUUCCAACCAAAGCGGAUUCGGAUGAGGAUGCGGUCGACCCAACGCCACCUGCAUCGCUACACUCCGAGCUGGUGAUCUCCAGCCCCAGGACUCUGUGCGAGCAGGAAUCGGGAGAGCUACUUGAGCUGGUGGACGUUGCGCCAGAGACGAUCGAAAGGAAUGACAAUGAGGACCAGGAUAAGGAAGUCGACGGGAAUGCCGAUACCGAUACAAAGCCUUUUAUCGCUGAGCGCUGGGUGACUACUAAGGAGAUCACCACUUGGCGGCAAUGUCCCCGUUGCCAAAGACUACGCAAAACAUCUGCCGGCUGGGUGAAGCACGCCCAGAAGUGCGCGCAAAACCCCAGAUAUGAUAAGCCCAAAUUCUUUAUCUACGUACACACAAAGGGCUGGUGCAAUGAAUUGAUUCAGGACUUCCUGUGGGAGAGGCACAGCAAUCCGACCAACGGAUCCUGUCACAUCUGCCGAGCGUUCCGGCUUCAGGAAAAACCCUUGCCCUUUAUGCCGCCUUCGCCUCCCAGGCCAAAUGAGUUGGAGCUUGCUAGGGAAAGGCGCCGCACCUACAGAAGGAGUAUGAAGAAGCGCCAGGAGCAGGAGCUCCUUUCGAAAAGGGUUUAAAGCUUUUAUUUCAGUAAGUAAAAGUGCGCAGGAGCCUUGACCCGUACCUGUUGGAUACAGGAACAGGGAUUUGUUAUGAUUUUUAUGAAUUAUUUUUAAACAUAGCGCCUUAAAUAAGCAGAAAUACCUAUGAAUACUUAAGAACUGUCAUAUGCCACCCAAAAUUUAAACCAGAUGAUGGAUAUAACAUAUUAUUAUUUAAAUUAUAACGAGGUUAAAAAAUAUUAUAUAUGAAAAAAUUGAAAAAAAUAGUUUAUUAUUAAUAACAUUACAUUAGGGUGCUUAUCCCACUUAACGUUCUACGAAAAUAAAAGACGUAACGUUUUAUUUAAGUAAAUAACAAGGAGUCUGGAUAAACCAUUUUAUCUUGAAGCCAAAAUGUAAUUUUUGUAUUUGAUGAAAAAAAAAACUUAAACCCAACACUCGAACAAAAUAAUGGAUGCAACUAUUAAUUUAAAUUAUUUAGAACGAAGCUGUAAUAAAGUAUGCAAACAUUUUUCCAUAUUUGUUACUUUUCACUCAACGUUCAAAGAAAUUAAUGGACACAACUUUUUUUAUUUUUUAUAAAUAACACAGAAUAUGUAUAAAGUAGUUAAGCUCUUAGCCGAACACACUUAUUGUUUAUGUAUUUUGAGUAAAACUAUUAUAAAUAAAGUAAAGUAACGUAACAAAACACGAGUUGUAAACAGUUGAACAACUGAACUCAAGCUGCUUAUCGUUACACAUUUAAUAACAUCGUCAGUUAUUUGGUAUCGAUAGCUAUCGAUACUCCAACCUGUCCUUACAACAAAGCGUGGAUCGUUCAUAACGGAUUUAUUCACUCUUCUCAGUCGUCAAGUUUAAAGCUAGUUUUGAUUGCCACGGAUAGGGCGUGGGUGCUUAACCAAACAGCUUUCCCUAUUGCGUCACAGAAGUCGCUUACUGGUUCUACUGCUCUUGCUGCAACAAGCCGCCGCCGCAGCACGGAAAAUUCUGGACCCCGGUGCGUCCUACCUUUUGAUAUCAAGUCACAGGACCCAGAAUGUGAUCUUCCUGGACAUGAGGAGGUCCAUACCGAGCAGGUGUAUUGGGUGACCGCUCGAGAGAUCCGGUUGUGGACGUUUUGCUUGCGUUGCAAGAAAUCGCACAUCACAAGUCUCGCCCAGGACCCCUCGCACAGAGACCCAAGCUCUGCAUCUAUACCACCACGAAGGGGCUGGUCAGGGCUCCGCAUCGCGGCGUGAGGGAAAUUCCUUGCCCUUCCCGUACCGCCCCCCAGGGCCCAUUGAGGCACAGCUUGCUAGAUCGAGGCUGACGGCCUGUCAAAAGCGGAAGUAGAAUAUCCAGGAAGCGUAUGAGCCAGCACAGUGCAGUAAGAGGAUCGUACUUCGCAAUGUGAAAGCAAACUGUCAUUUAUCGUCAAAGCUGAAAUUUAUAGACCAUAUUUCAUCAUUGUGAAACUACCAGAAAAGAUUAUGGACAUUGUUUAAUCUUCAAGUUAUUUUCAGAAACAAGUAAGUCACACAGUUGCACAAGG